AUUUAUGUAUAUAUAAUCUUUGAUAGUGCAUCCAUCCCCACAAUUCACAAGAAUAAAAAUGGAAGAAAUUGGGUUUUUGGGGAUGGGAAUAAUGGGAAAAGCUAUGGCUAUGAACUUGCUUAGAAAUGGAUUUAAGGUUACUGUUUGGAAUCGUACUCUGUCCAAGUGUGAUGAGCUAAAAGAGCAUGGCGCUUCCGUAGGUGAAAGUCCUGCAGCGGUCGUUAAGAAGUGCAAGUACACUUUCGCGAUGCUAUCAGAUCCUCAUGCAGCUCUUUCUGUGGUAUUUGAUAAACAUGGAGUUCUAGAGGAAAUUUGCAGCGGCAAAGGUUACAUUGACAUGUCAACUAUUGAUGCUGAAACUUCUUCAAAAGUCAGCAAGGCGGUAGCAGAGAAAGGUGGUGCUUAUCUUGAAGCUCCGGUCUCUGGUGGCAAAAAGGCAGCUGCAGAUGGACAAUUAAUAAGCAUUGUUGCUGGGAAUAAGGGGUUGUAUGAGGAUAUUCUUCCUGCAUUUGAUGUACUAGGGAAGAAGUCAUUUUUCUUGGGAGAGGUUGGAGAAGGUGCAAGGAUGAAACUUGUAGUGAACAUGAUAAUGGGCAGUAUGAUGGGUGCCUUCUCAGAGGCGCUUGCGCUUGCUGAUAAAAGUGGUCUUAGCCCUCAAACUCUUCUCGAUAUUGUGGAUCUUAGUGCCCUUGGUAAUCACCUGUUCAGCUAUAAAGGCCCUACAAUGAUCCAAAACGAUUAUAGCACUGCAUUUCCAUUGAAGCAUCAACUGAAGGAUAUGAGGAUGGCUCUUGCCCUUGGUGACGAGAAUGAUGUAUCUACGCCAAUAGCAGCUGCUGCAAAUGAGGCAUACAAUAAGGCUGUGGAUUCAGGCCUAGGAGAUCUUGAUUUUUCGGCUGUUCAUGUGAUCUUUAAAGUUACGGAGCCCUCAACUUGAUCGUAAAGCAACUAGUUGGUGAAGGAAGGCUGCCAGUUUAACAUGAAUCAAAUCAAACAUUCUUCUUCUCAUAAAUUAUGAAAUGUGCGUAAAUAAUACAAAGUUACAGAACAUUCAAACUUUGUAUCAUUUUGAUCCUGGUUAUCUUUGAUAUGACAGGUCACACUCAUGUAUCAAA